AUGCCGAGGAACAACCUAUUCCUCAUGUUGUUCCACCUGCCGAGGAACCUGCCAAGAAACAACAUGUUCCUUAUGUUGUUCCUAAUGCCCAGGAACAACCUAUUUCUGAUGGUUGCGGAAGAUGUAGGGGCAGAGUGGAGAUGUGAAAUCAGGGCGAUUUCAGUUAAGUGUUCUACAAGCAUUAUCCUUAAAUUACUGGCAGAGAUGAAGAAGAAGAAGAAUAAGUAUGAGUAUGUGGUGUUUGAAAAUGAAGUGGACGUAGCUGACUUCAUUGGAAUUCGCCAAUUGAAGAUGAAGAAGAUAAAAAGGUCAUUCAUCAAAGAGAUGCUGGAUAAAUGGGUCCACGAGUGUGGAACCUUAGUAUUCAAGAAACGUAAUAAUGAAAUUAAGCCAAAAGUUCUUACAAUUGAAGAGGAAGAUUUGUACAAGUAUACAACCUUUCAAGGAGUGGAGCUUAGGUGGCUGAUAGGGAUUGCCCCGGUGAUGGACUCCAAGAGUUUUAGUGGAGAUUGA